GAGCAAGUGGGUUGUUGGGGUCCCGGGCUUAAUAUUGCUUGAUCCACUAGAGUACAAGAGUGUGAUGAUGUCGUUGAUCUGCUCUUUAUUUUUCUGCCUGCUUGUGGCUACUCUAUAACGCCCUGAAUAUAAAUAAUUACACGCAUCCCCCUCCUCACUGGAAGCACCAUUCCAAAUACUAUCUUCAUACAAAAUGUCUUCGAUACCAAACAAUACCGACUCCACAGCUCAACCCCCCGCUGAUUCCGACACCAAAAUGUCAGACUCUCGUCCCAAUAAAAUGUGGGCGUAUGGCAAAAAAGGCUUCGACAAAGCCUGGGGCGCCCUGGACAAACUCGGUGCCCCCGUCAAUCGGUUAUCUAACAAACUCGGCUCCGAGGCCUUCUGGCCUAUGACCCUGGACAAGGAAAGCGAAAAGGCCGCGCGCAUUCUCCGCAGCUAUUGCAAGGACGGGGUAUACGUCAACGAGGAUGCGACCGCAGCGAAAGAAACGCAGCCGGAGCACGCGAAGAUUGAUAAACCGCGGGGCAAACCCAAGGUGCUGCAGAAGAUUCCAACCGAAGUCAUCCGCCGGGCCAAAGGAAUCGCGGUUUUUACAGCCAUGAGGACAGGACUCUGGUUCAGCGGUGCCGGCGGGGGCGGAAUACUGAUCGCUCGAGUGCCCGAGACAGGCGAGUGGAGCGCUCCGUCCGGGAUACUGUUGCAUACGGCGGCGCUGGGGUUCCUCGUUGGAGUGGAUAUCUACGACUGCGUGAUGGUUAUCAACACCUACGAGGCCCUCGAAGCAUUCACCAAGGUCCGCGUGACGCUGGGAAGCGAGAUCACAGUCGCGGCGGGCCCCGUGGGCAUGGGAGGUGUGGUGGAGUCGGAAGUGCACAAGCGACAGGCUCCGAUCUGGUCGUACGUGAAGAGCCGCGGGUUCUAUGCCGGCGCGCAAAUCGACGGGACAAUCCUCAUUGAGCGCAAUGACGAGAACGAGAGGUUUUACGGCAAGAGAGUGCCGGUGAAGGAGAUCCUGGCCGGUCAUGUCACGACAGACAAUCCGUCCGUGAGAUCGUUGAUACAUACCCUCGAUUCCGCUCAGGGUGACAAGCAGUUUGACCAGACUCCAUCCGGCGUUCCUAUACUGACAGGGCCAACUCCUAGUGAUAUGGCACCGGAGGAUCUGCCUAAUUCAAAUUCCAUGGCACACGGGGCGUUGGCUGCUCCAGUCCAGUCCGAGGCCAAUCCUUAUUAUGUGCACAACGACGCCUCUGCCUUGCCUAGGUAGAUAUUCGAAUUAUAGUAUUCUUAAUUGGAACCCAUUAUACAAUAUACGCUACGAUUAAUGUUCAGAUGCUGGCCCAACCCUGGUCACGCAAGGUAGUACACGGAAGGCUGCAAGAGUCUUAUUAAAACAUGAAACGAGUCAAAUAGUUCGAAGAGAUUUAUGACGGUAACUAUAUAUAUGUUUAGUGAAUCGGAUAGCAAGAUCUACCCUUGGUUGCUUUGUGUUUAUAAGCCUAGUAAGCCUUCUUCUCUUGUUAAGAUAUUGAUAUUAGUGUUGUAACCAUCUACUCAUAUUCUCAU